AUGGCACAAAAUAUAAAUCGAAGUCGAGAUGCUUCGGUAGAAAAUCUAAAUGAACAAUUAAAAUGUAUAUCUCGAAAUAAACGACAAACCGUAUUUACUCGAACAGGUGAUGUUGAUGAUCCACCAUUUAGUCGACUUUUUUUACUGAUUCCAAAAGCUAUGUCAGAAGAUGAGUUGCGUAAAGCAUUUCUAAUACAUGGAACUAUUCAAGAUAUUCAUAUGGUACGAGAUCGACGAAAUCAAGAAAGCAAAGGAAUUGCUUAUAUUAAAUAUGAAAAAGCAUCAGCAGCAGCUCGUGCAAUGGAAGAAAUGAAUGGAGUUGUUAUUUCACCUCAUACACGUCCAGUAAAAACUAUUAUAUCAAGUUCACGUCGUGAAGGUAGUGUUCGUGAUCCAGAUGAACAUGAAAAAAUGUUACGUUUAUUUGUUGUUAUAUCAAAACAUAUGACUAAAGAUGAUUUACGUAAAGUAUUUGAGAAAUAUGGUUCUAUUAUUCAUAUUAAAAUUAUUGUGGAUAAAUUAACUGGUGAAAAUAAAGGAUUUGCUUAUAUUUCAUUUUCAAAAGCAUCAGAAGCUGCCUAUGCUCUAGAAGAAUGUGAUCCAAUUUACAAACCAAAAUUUGCUGAACCAUUUUCUUCAAAACGUCAUCGUGAUGCAGAAGAAACUCUACCAUCAUCCGCAUCAAUAUAUGGAGCAUUUUCACCGCCUUAUUCUCAUAAAAUAUCAACAAAUAAACAACAUCUAUCACCAUCAUCAAAUUCAACAGAUCGUCGAUUAUCUCCACCACCUUUACUUCCAUUUCCAUCACGUUCAUUAUCCUAUCCUGAUUCAAAUCAAACAAUAACAUCACCAGCUUAUCAUUUACUUGAUAAUAAUAAUGAAUGUCGUUUAAUUAUUCGUGGUAAUAAAACAAUAACAAAAUAUCAUAUAUCAAAAUUAUUUGAUCUUGUACCACAUAUGGAAGAAUGUUCAUUAUUAAAUAUAAAUACAUUUAAUGAAAAUUAUUAUAUUGUACGUUAUAAAUCUUGUCAAUUUGCAACAUAUGCACGUGAAAAAUUACAUGCAUUUCAAUAUCCUGAUGGUGAAAUAUUAUCUGUUCAAUAUUAUGAUGAAAAAAUUGUCAAUGAUUUAUUUGAGAAAUCACAGAAUAGAAAGCAUAGUGAUACAUCAGGAAUUGGUCAAUUAAUACAUCAAAUGAGUAAUUUACAAGGUAGUCAAGAACAAUACGUGGAUUUUUGUAAUAUUCCGUUACCACCAAAACAAAAAUAUGCUUCAUUUGAUACACCUAUUGCUAAAACCUUACAAAUAAUGUCUCAACGUCCAACAUCUGAAGAUUAUAUUCGUGAUGUAUUCAAUCGUUUUGGAAAUUUAAUUGAUAUUCGUAUGGUAAAUUCUCGAUUAUGUUAUGUUAUGUUCAGUGAUGAAUGUAGUGCUGAUACAGCUAUGGAAACAAUGAACGGUCAAGAAAUAGCAUUAGUUCGUAUACGUAUUAUUGAAAGUGAUCAUGUUGUUGAUUCAACAACAGCUUCUAUUGUAAAUCGUAAACGACAAAAAGUGUGA